GUCCUUAUUAUGCAGUCCGCUGACGAGUGUCAUAGAACUUCAACUAGUCACUGAUAACUUAUGAAGAACACAGUCCUACAUACAUGUCGCUAUCAUAGGGUGGGGCAAACAAGACAUUUUGAGGCGCGGGUCAGCCACCAGCGUGACGGACUGGAUGUAGCUCGCUCGACCUUGAUCUUCACCACUUCCAUCACCUACAAAUAUCACCGCCCACCCGCCGUGCUGCCAACCAACCUGGGAACUAGAAGCAAUGGCUCCAACUACUGCCACAACAUUCGCUACAGGCACGGGGAAACGCAGAAUUCACCACCGCAUAUUCGGACAUGGGCACCGAGCUCGCUACGAAGGGGCUAUCAAUACGACACACCCCGCCGAGUACCAUCCAUUGUUUACAUAUCCAACUUCUACGCUGCCAGCGCAAUCGACGUCUACACCGCAUGCAGAAAGUACUGCGAGUGGUACCCUCCUGCCCGAGCACCUCAUCACGGUAGAUCAGACGCCAACGGGGAUUCUUGCUCAGCAAUUGCCUUUAACGAUCCCCAACGGGAAGUCGGGAGGCAACGUGAUAGCAGUGGUUGCUGUCGCAGUCGUGGUCAUGGGGAGCCUGCUGGGCGUUAUCGUCGCAGGAGAAAUCUUGAAGCGGCGGAAUAGACGUUGCCGGGAGACUGGAGAGGGGGGUAGCAAGGGCGGGACAGACUUAGUGCAGGACAAAGGGAAAGAUGUCUUCAACGAGAAGAGUCUAGAUUCAUCUGCAUCGUCGCUUCGAUAUUCCCCAACGUACAUGGGGAGUCCGGCACUUCAUCUGGAACAUGCGACUCGUCCUGUGGAAACAACAAUGGCAUCGACCUGGUUCUCACGGAUUUUCUGGAAGACUCACGCAGGCUUGCAUCGCAAGGACGCGGAAUCCCCAGAAGCAUCGCAUACAUCACGUACUCCUACAGAACGGUCCACAGAGUUGCCGCAGCGGACAACGUGGUCGGAUUUUUCGUAUGCACCGGAAUCCUUGAGUUAUCCCAGGCCGCUUUUGCAUUGCAUACUCGAGGAGUGCGAAGAUGACUGUCAAAGUCAGAGCGAAAGUGAGAUCGCCCUCACGUUGGGCCUUGCCAUACAGCGUUCCCUAGAUUCCGUUGCCUUCGCGUCGUCUGUCCACAUGGCAUCCCGAGCCAGAUCGUUUGCAAGCCUUCGAUUAUCAAAAGCAGUGGAAGCAGGCUCUAUCGUCGAGGAGGAUUGCGCGGAAGCCCGGAUGGACGCACAGGAAAUAGGCGUUCCGACCUCCGUACCCAUAGGAAUGAGCGUGAGCCUCUCUGGUUUUGGACUGGUCUCCACGGCAUCUUUGCAGACUCUCGGCACUGGAGCAAGCGCAGACCGCGAAAGCUUGAGAGAGGAGAUUUUCGAGCUGCGAAGAGUUCAGACGAGGAGUAUGCAGAUGGACAAGCCCAUUCUGCUGUCGUUAGGCAUCAAAACAACAGGCAAUGAAGACGAGACAGACGAGGACGAUGAGCCAUCAGAUGCAGAAACCGAACAUGCAGCCAGCGAUAACACCAUGAUGACACCCUCGAUUGCGGAACUGCUUCUUCCACCAGGGCGCGAGACUAGUCUACGGCCCGACCUUCGAGACCUCCUCGGAUCCCAGAUGACGUUAGCGACCCUGGCAAGCAGCUACAGUGCAGUGAACCUCGAUGACUUUCCACUUCCUCCUUCCAUUGUACUGCCACGUCCAUAAAUAAGAACAACUCUAUCAUGAUGAACGGAAGCACGAUGUAGAUUGAAGGUAUUAAUAGAAGGAAAUUGGACUCACGUUGGUAAGCCUGCAACAAGCCUCGUGAAUG